GACUGGUUUGGUCAUGGGGUUGCCUUGUCGUUCAAGGGGCCUUAGUUAGGCAGGAGUCCUCGUUUACGGUAGGAGUGUGGGACUUUCUGCCCAACACCUACCCCUGUCUGUCACCUAAUCCCCUGCUGGGUCAUGUGACCUGCCUGGCAUUCUCAGCCUGGAAUCUGGUACUUCUGACAGCAGUUGCUAUAUUGGAAGGAGCUGGGCACCGCCCUGGACACUGGAGGCUCCCAACUCUUACCCCUUUCUGUGCUCUUGUUAACUUCAAGGCAGAGUCGUAGUGGCAGCUUGGAGACUUGGACACGGGUCCUUGAAGUGAUCUGGACACCCCAGCACCACAUCUGCCACCAUUCUGUGCUGCAGGGACGCCAUGGCUCCAGAAGAGGAUGCUGGAGGGGAGGCCUUAGGGGGCAGUUUCUGGGAGGCUGGCAACUACCGACGGACGGUGCAGCGGGUUGAGGAUGGGCACAGGCUGUGUGGGGACCUGGUUAACUGCUUCCAAGAACGUGCCCGCAUUGAGAAGGCCUAUGCCCAGCAGCUGGCUGACUGGGCCCGCAAGUGGAGGGGAGCUGUCGAGAAGGGCCCACAAUAUGGCACUCUGGAGAAGGCUUGGCAUGCCUUCUUUACUGCGGCUGAGCGGCUGAGCGAGCUACACUUGGAAGUGAGGGAGAAGUUGCAUGGUCCAGACAGCGAGCGUGUGAGGACCUGGCAGCGAGGGGCUUUUCACCGGCCAGUGCUGGGUGGCUUUCGGGAAAGCCGGGCUGCUGAGGAUGGUUUCCGUAAAGCCCAGAAGCCCUGGCUAAAGAGGCUAAAGGAGGUUGAAGCUUCCAAGAAGAGCUACUACACAGCACGCAAGGAUGAGAAGACAGCCCAGACCCGGGAGAGCCACGCGAAAGCAGACAGCUCCAUGUCCCAGGAACAGCUUCGAAAAUUGCAGGAACGAGUUGGACGCUGCACCAAGGAGGCAGAGAAGAUGAAAACCCAAUAUGAGCAGACACUGGCGGAACUAAAUCGCUAUACCCCACGCUACAUGGAAGACAUGGAGCAGGCCUUUGAGAGCUGCCAGGCUGCGGAACGCCAGCGGCUUCUCUUCUUCAAGGACAUGCUGUUCACCUUGCAUCAGCACCUUGACCUCUCCAGCAGUGACAAGUUCCAUGAGCUCCACCGAGACCUGCAGCAGGGCAUUGAGGCUGCUAGCGAUGAGGAAGAUCUCCGCUGGUGGCGCAGCACACAUGGACCUGGCAUGGCCAUGAACUGGCCACAGUUUGAGGAGUGGUCCUUAGACACACAGAGAGCAAUCAGCCGGAAGGAGAAGGGUGGCCGGACCCCUGAUGAGGUUACCCUGACCAGCAUUGUACCUACAAGAGAUGGCACUGUACCCCCACCCCAGUCCCCAGCAUGCCCAGCAUCUCCAGGCAGUGGGCAGGAUGAGGACUGGUCAGAUGAAGAGAGCCCCCGGAAGGCUGCCACUGGGGUGAGGGUGCGGGCGCUUUAUGACUAUGCCGGCCAGGAAGCCGAUGAGCUGAGCUUCCGAGCAGGGGAAGAGCUGCUGAAGAUGAGUGAGGAGGAUGAACAGGGCUGGUGCCAGGGCCAGCUGCAGAGUGGCCGCAUUGGUCUGUACCCUGCCAAUUAUGUGGAAUGUGUGGGUGCCUGAGUGCCCUGACAGUCCUAUUGCAGCUUCACUCCAACCAGAGCCAAAGCUCAACCCUUCCAGGAUCGCUGGACCUGAGGACCCUGAACCACGUGCUGCUGCUGUUCUGUUUCCGGAGAGGGAGGAUGCCUGAGGGCCCAUGAAGGGGAGGGGUCUGUGUCUAGAAAGAGGCCAAAAGAGUUUAGAUUGGAGGCAGGAAGGGAGAUUGGAGUGCCUGAGCCUCCCGGGGAGCAUUGGGGUCAUCCCAGGAGUAGGGGACCCAGUUCUUAAACUGGGAGUUCCUGAGAAUGAGGCUGGGGAGAAUGUAGUUUGGGGCUAGCAGCGUCCUAUUUUGUGACUUGUAGUGUGUAUUAAACUUGAUCAAGAAUAAAAGUACCAUCUAGUGUU